CCAUAAAGUGACUGAGAAAGGAAGACAGAAGAAAGCAUCCAUCCACUGUUGCACGUCCGAAACGAAAGCUCCUGCUCGCUCGAAGGCCACCAGGGCAAAUCAAUGGCGUCGUCUUCGCCAUGGUUCCUGCUCCAGCUGGUGCGGUACGUGUCGUCCCUCCCGAUCCAGUUCAUGCGGGCCACGACCAGGGCGCUCCCGCUCCCGACGGAAGGCGCCGGCGAGGCGAUCCGUCCGCUCGCCGCCCGCAAGCCGCGGCCACCAGGUCCGCCGGCGCAAGGCUCCGGCGGCAAGGGUGGGAUCAUCCAUGUCGCUUCUGCACUCCCGCGCGAGCUGAUGCGGGCGGCGCCUCCGAGGCAUGGCGCUGGAGGGAAGACCAAGGCGCCACAACGGCCCAGCGCGCCCGCCGAGGGCACCGGCGGCCGCGGCGGUAUCAUCCAUGCCGCCUCUUCUUGAACGGCGUC